UAGAACCCUACAUUGGAUGUCUCAUAGCUAUGUCCCAAUAAAGAAUAACCGAGCGGCGGAGUCAUUUUUUGCGCGUUUGAAUUUUUAAUACAACACCAGCAGUCGCGGCCGCGAGUUGAUAUGAUACGGUGCGCAGUGCGAGCGUGAAGAGUUGUUGCCACCGCGCGAACACACCACCACGGAACAACUUGAACGUCAGUCGUGUUCGGACUUGGAAUAAAUUAGCAGCGUCGAGCGGCGAGAAAAAAAAAAACAACUUCGCGGAAGCGCGCGUCUUGCACCUUCGCCACUCGGCACCGGACACCGGUUGAACUUCGCCGGCGCCUUCACCGCCAAGACACACGCGACACGUUUUUGGACACGCUUUGCACACGCCGCCACCCCCGCGCGCCGCGGAUAAAAUGCGUGUGACCAUCGUACAGUGCGACGCCACGCGCUAAGGACUAUCACAAGUUCGCGUGCGAAGAAUGAUGGAUUUAUUUAUUUACAACGAGCACAAGAAUUAUUUUCGUUUCACGUCGAAUUCCAAACUCUAAGGUGAAUAAUCAUCAACGAUGGUAGAUACACAACACUUUUGUCUACGCUGGAACAACUACCAAAGCAGCAUAACGUCCGCGUUCGAAAACCUGCGCGACGAUGAAGACUUCGUCGACGUGACGUUGGCGUGCGAUGGCAAAAGCUUGAAAGCUCAUAGAGUCGUUCUAUCAGCAUGUAGUCCAUAUUUUCGUGAAUUACUUAAGUCAACCCCAUGUAAGCACCCUGUGAUAGUCCUUCAGGACGUAGCCUGGACUGAUCUGCACGCGCUUGUCGAAUUCAUCUAUCAUGGCGAGGUCAACGUGCACCAGCGAUCGCUGUCGUCGUUUCUCAAAACUGCUGAGGUGCUGCGGGUCAGCGGCCUCACACAGAAGCACGUCGACGAUAGAGAUCAGUUAGCGCAAGUACAAAGCCUCGUGCGUGCCCAACAACAAGCACCGACGUCAAACCAUCAUCCGGCGUUCCCCGAUCGCCUGAUGGAGGAGGCCAUGUUCCCGCUUCCAACAUCACCGCCCCACGGUGCCACCGUCAACCAACUGCUGCGGCGUGCCGCCAUGCAACAUCGCCGCGACCGUCGCAUCAGUCAGGACCCCGACGCCGACCAUAAGCGGUCACGCAGCGAGCACCUCAACAACAAUAACAACGAGCUGAAUCUAUCGCAUCAUGCGCCGCCGCAGACACAGCCCACGGAUUUCUCGCCCACAGCGAUGAAGCACAACAAUAUUAAUUCGUCGCUGAUGAAUUCGAUCAAGAAUGAUAUCGAGGGUAACGGUAUCAGCUCGACGGAACAUGGCUCCAGUCCGUCAUCACCGUCACCUACAAGCAACUCGCGUGAUGAAGUCAAAUCAGAGCCGAUGGAGAUGUUGUGUACAACCAACCAGGACGAUCACAGCAAUGACUCCAACGAUGUCAACAACGACAACGGCUCGAAUUUGCCGCAGGGGCCGCACUCUGGCAGCAGCGGCGGCGAUCAUGACGACCACGACUCCCCCAUCGGCAAUUACCUCACGCCCACGGAGAGCAAGCUGUUCGCAACCGCCGCCGGCAGCUACAACUUCAGCAUGGCGGCGCUCGCCGACCCAACUGGUCUUGGAGGUCUGAAUCAAACGUUGCAAAACUCUGACAGUUUAGCGGGAACGUCUCAAGGCGCGACGCCGAUCCGCAUGCCGCCGCCGACGUCCGGCGGCAUCAACGAGCCGCAGGAGUGCCCGUACUGCCGGCGCACCUUCUCCUGCUACUACUCGCUGAAGCGGCACUUUCAGGACAAGCACGAGCAGUCCGACACGCUAUACGUGUGCGAGUUCUGCCACCGCCGCUAUCGCACCAAGAACUCACUGACGACGCACAAGAGCCUCCAGCAUCGCGGCACCAGCGGCAUGCUGAAGCGCCUGCUCAAGACCACUGCCAUCAAGAGCGUGCUCGGCCCGCCACCGCCGCUGCCGCCGCGCCUGCAGUGACCGCAAGUACAAAUCACGCACUUCUACUGAACGACGACCAGCAGCAGCAGCAGCAGCCGCCGUCACCACCAUCAUCUCCGGCGUAAGCGACAUCCCCUCAUAACUAUUCCUUUGUUGCAUUCGCAUUCAGACACGUUUACAAACCAAGACGCAAGACUAUAACAAGCAACAAAUGAAUACAAACAAUGCCUCACUCAGAUAAGUACUAUUUUAAUUAAAUCACGAGUGCGGAUGCGGGGCGCGUGUGCAAGGUGGCGCCGGCACGGCUUUCCGCCACCAGGGGACGCGUCCAGCGCCGCACUCGCUCGAACAAACGAUAGGGUCGACGCAACUACCUCAUAUCAAUAUAUAAAACUAAAUGAAACAAAUGAACUGUUUAUACAUAAAUUAUUACUAUGAUUAUUGCAUAAAUAUAAGCAGAGAUGCGUUUAUAAGUUGAUACAGAACUGUUAAAGACAAACCUAAACGAGAUACCGAACACAUGCAAACACAAAUACGUGAAAUAUAAGUACAAAUUAUUUAUAUAGAUGUCAGUACAGUACAUACGCAGCAGGGAUGUCGAACUUAAAUAAAUUUUAAAGCUUUUAUCGCGAAAGAAGGAAAUAUUUACAGGUGAUUCAGUUUCUUGACCGCGGAAACAAACAUAUCUCUCAUAUCACAAACGAUUGAAAUCUAAUUUCACUAAAACAUAAUCAGCGGCUAGGCGUGAAGGCAAAAUGAAAACCCAAACUAAUUCAGGAUGUGUUUCUCUUGCAACUAAACACGAAAUCGUGAUUCUGUGAUUUUGUUCGUUCAUUUCUGACUCUCCGAGUAAGCGAAGAAUGCGGAUAUGAAAAAUGUCAAUUACGCUAUCAAAUCGAUUUUCACCCCCUUCACAGCGCAAGGAAUAUCGAAAUUUCACGAUUUUAUAGUUAAUCAUGUCGCAUUUCGAGCGGAGAGCGGAUGAAAUUUAAAGAAAAUGAUGACAGAAAAGGAAAAAAAUAAGUAAAAUGAUAAUGUAUCUAUCUGUUGGUGUACUUCCUCCCAUCAUCGAUUUCGAUUUAAUUAAAUCUGUGUUAAUUAGCUUUGCGCCAGACGUAGAUAGGAAAUAAUUCGAAUUCAAAUUGACGUACACAAGACAAGAUGGGGUCACAGGGAAACGGGUCCUCACUCCCCCGAGGAUGAUGAGACGUUGUGAAUUUAAUGAAAUUAAAUUUAAGACUAGUUGAACGCUCAAAACUGAUUUGUUGGUUUACCACGCGUAUUUUUUCUUCAUUUUCUUCACAAGCGGGACUUGAAAAGUCUUCCUCUUCCGAGAGUUUCGAACAUUUUUUCCCCUAAAAUAUCUAAAUUGAUGAAAACAAUUGAAACGAGCGCUCAUAUCUUUCCAGGGUUCUAUAUAAUUGUACAUAAAUAUGAAAAAAAAAACUAUUAUAUACAUAUUACCUAUAUAAAAUAUUAAUUAUAAUUAUUACGGAUUAAAUUGAUAAACUUUAUGAUAACUCGUGGGACAAACACAAGAAAGUGGAGGACGCCGUAGUGGAGGCGCCGGUCAAAUGGAUUAAUACUUAAGGAAUAUGAUGUGCCAAUUAAUUAACGAUUAACGUAAUUGAUUAAACAUUAAUUAGUGACUAGGUUUAUUAAUUUUUUAAGUGUUAUGGAUAAGUGUUGGCACUAAUUGACACACGAAAGUUGAGGAAAAUAACUUGAGGUCAAAGACGUAAACGAAUGACGCCCACAAGAGAAACAGUAGAUUCUUAUAUUGUUUUCGGUUCGGUUCUCGAGCUCACGGACGGGUUGAAGCUUUCGGCAGCGUUUUAUAUAAAUCAGAACAGCGUGCGUGGACAGAGGAAUAUCUUACGAGCAGCGCGGGGGAUAACGACGAAGAAGGCCUAAAAAUAUAUUUUUGCAAACAUGUUUAACACGCGAAAAGACUGGGCGUGUGCCGAAAGCUCGCCGCAAAAUUAUCAUUAACUUUAAAUUUACGACGGUAGUAGGAUCGAAGAUGACGACGUGGAAAUUCAUAUUUUUUGACUGUACUUUAGUGCUGUGAACUUAAUGAAACACAUCAACGGACAAAUUCAGAGCAGUGUGCAGAGAAGUUUAGGUGACUUUCGUCUGAUUAGGUUAGCGUUAACGUUUAAGUCCAUUAAUUGGAGGCGGUGUUUCAGUUUUCGUGUGAUAACGGUCGAACCAAACGUAUGCCAAAGAGACAAAGCUGAGUUGCACCUCGAAAUCAACAAUAACGAGAGGAAAAACACAUUCUGUGCCAUUCGGGACGCAAAUAUACACAAUAGAUCAAUUUGUAAACGAAUUUUUUUAGGACGAUGGUCACACUCAACUUUUGUCUCGUGCGUAAACAAGAUUUUACGUUGACUCUUUCGCGUAGGUGUAGUUCUAGCUGAUAAGAUGCCCGGAGGGACGCCCAUUAUUUGAGGAAACAGCUGUGGGAAUUGUUCGGCGUGUCGAAAAUUGCGUUUUUUAAUUGUUAUUGUUAGUGUUUUAUUUCGGGGCGCAGAUGCUGCGCGAGUCCAAAUCGCGGGGGUCUCGACGGGCGCGUAGGUGUUAAGCGACUUUGUUGAUUUGUCCUUUUGAAUGAAUAUCAUGGCCAAACUAAAUUAAGUAUAGAUAGGACGACGGACGGGACGAGCCACGCUCACUUUGGAAGAGAAAGGACGAUGUAAAAAUAAAGUAAACACGUACGAUCGAGACAUUGGGGAACCACUUUUAACAUAAUUACUUAAUUAACGUAAAUUGAUUAAUUAAUAAAUAUAUGAGAUAAAAGAGAACUCUUCAGUAUUAAAAUUUGUACCUAAAGGUAGCGGUUUAGAUAUUUUAUAAAAAUCAUUAGACGUGACACAAGCGAGAAACAAAAAAAAAACAUUGAAGGAAACUUUCAGGCAAGCCUCCAGUUUAGGCACACAAUGAGAAAUAUAUUCGAAAAUUUAUCUUUCUAUAAUAAAAAUUAAAAACCAUUGGUCUAUAUAUUAUUAAUUAAUUGAAUUAUUAUUGUAAAUUGAAUAAAUAAUGUAAAAGAGAAAUUAAAUUUUAACAAAGAAUUAACCUAGUUAAGGAACAAAACGAGGUGCGGGAAUUUAAGCGGACAGAUAUGAGAAAAGGAGAAGAAAAACGAAUACAUGGAGGAAAAAAAGCGUAGAUUUUAUUACUGACGAAAAUGAUCAGAUUUCUAGGACCAUUACUAAGUGGGCAAUUUGUAAAAAGGUGAACGGAGGGUGUGAGGUUCAACAUUGGCGUGAAUUUAAGUAGAAUAGUGUCCGUAUUGUCUCUUUACUGUGUAUUUUAGACGCUGAUGCCGGGGGCGGAAACGCUGCCGGCGCGUGAGGCUAGUUAAAUAUUCUGAUUGCUCCCGUGUGUUGUCAUAUUCGAAGCUAACCUUCACAGCAAACAUGAACAAUGAACAAAAAAUGCGCGACGAACCGCACCGCGCCUACAACAAAUCAAGAGAAUCAAACAAAAAACGAAAUUUGAAAAAAUUUUAAAAUCGCCCCCCUUCUUACGUACACAUAUAAAUAUGCAACAAGAUGCCUUGAUACAGUACAACACGAAAUAACCAAUUUUUACAAAAUACUAUAACUACAUAAGGAAAUAAACUAAUUGAAUAAGAAAUAUUGAAAGAAAUCAACAAAUGGAUGAACGUAAAACAAAAUAAUAUACCUCAAUACUCAGCCAAUCUUCAGAUGUACUUAUAUUAUAACGUAAUAUAGUAGUAAUUAAGCAAAACAAACGGAAGUGGAAGCAGAGGAAAUUGGCGCCAUCUUUGAAUUCGAUGUUUUCGUUACAAUGUGUCGAGUCGAUUCGCUCGCGCCAACGCGAGAAACAAAUCAGGGAAAUAUAUUAGACUUAAUAGAUAUAUAAAUAUAUCUUUAUAAACUAGUUGCCACACCAGGUGAAAACUGCCAUUGCGCGCAUGCAUCUACUCAUCCAAUCAAGGUGCAAGAUAUCAUAAUCUUACAUAUCAUCCUCCAGCCGAACACUGAGUAACGCAUAUGUACAUAGAAUAAUAGCCAGCCGAGGGGCGACGAAUCGAGCCGACACUUGUUUCUAUGAAGUAAUUCACACAUUCAGCUUUGAGGAGCGCGUGCACGUCCGAUGCGGAAGAUAGCGCGCAUUUGACAGGUUACGACGGAAGUACACCCGCCUCUUCCGGUGAUGGACGCGCGCGCCCUCUCUGGCUGGAUACACGCGCAACGCGGUACUAAUUGUUCUGAAUUACAAGUUUUAAGUUACAUACGACCAUUGUAAAACGGUUAAGAUACAUAUACGAUGAUUAGUGCUACUAAUGACUAUGUUAACGGUUUAAGUUAUGUUAUUUUUGCCUAGAUUUACGUACGAAUUAUUGAUUACAAUUUUAUAACGCUACGUAUGUAUUUUUACUUACUUCCUAAGUUAGUUGCUACUGCUGUUUUAUUAAUCAUUGUGUAUUCAGGAUUCAGGAUUAUUAUUAUUGAGACGCUCGACUGUUGAGUUUUACAUUUUUACGAUGUUUUACAGUUUUUCGCAGACGUAUUUUUAUAAACUUUUAACAACAUCUAUUGUAAUUGAUUAAUUUUAUUAUUAUUGUACAUAGAUACUUUUUACUAAUUGAUUGAUUGAUUGACUAAAUGAUUGAUGUAUUGAUUAAUAUUAAUUACUGAAUAAUGACCUAAACAUGUUUAUUUUAUUUUCGA